ACCAUAGUAACCAAAAACAGAACCCAGAGCUUCAAACUUGCUAUUCCAUAAUCUAGUCAGGGAAGAGUUGGGAUGGCAUUCUUUGGCAUAACCAUGUUGGGCUAUCAGGAUCCCUUUCUGAGCAAAAAGAAAGUCUGGGGGAAGGGAGAAGAAGAAGAGACAGAGGAAAGGUGUCCAAAGGAGUCAGUUUCUACCAAGCUGCCCCCCAUCAUACCUGUUGGAAAUUACUGUGUGCACCAGAACAGCAAUGAAAAGUACCACAGAGCCGUCCAGAGGGUACAAUUAAAGACAUUCCACAAUCAGCUCUUUGAUAUGCCUCUGACGGAUGCCCAGAAUUUCAGUUUCUGGAUGCCACAUGAACGUGGUAUUCGUCCACAAGACGUUGCUCCAUGGAUGAAGACUCCACGACACUGCAUUAUCAAGAGCCCCAUAACCAGGUUUGUGGAUCAUCUGAUACUCAAUGACCGACUCUUCAGUUUAUACUGAGCUGAGGGAGCUGAAGGCAGGCCUGGGGCAUAUGCCAAGGGCUGACACUCCAGAAUGGAUAACUGGUGGGAUAAAAAUAGCUGGGGGUAUUUUGUGGGGGAGAGGCUAUGGGGGGAAAGGGGAAGUGGGGAGGCCUGGAGAAUUAUUCAAAAAGCACAGAGUAAAACAUGUUGGAAUUUG